CCUCCAGGACGCUGAAAGACAGACCGCGCGGGUGAUUUCGAGUCCGGCGGGGCGGGAGAAAUAAAAGUUUGGGUAGUUGUAGCUGAACGUGAUGUCUUUCCCGGUGACUGAAUUGCGAUGGCCCAAGCACCUUCUCCCGCUGGAAGAAGUUGAUAACUUGUUGCGUUGUGGGAUAUGCUUUGAUUACUUCAACACCGCGAUGAUAAUUCCACAGUGUUCACAUAAUUAUUGUUCUCUCUGUAUUCGCAAGUCGCUGUCCUAUAAACCUCAGUGCCCUAUAUGCUGUAUGGUAGCGACAGGACCUGACUUGAAAAAUAACCGGAUAUUAGAUGAGCUGGUACAGAACUUUAUUUCUGCAAGACAGCGGCUAUUCCAGGCAGUUUUGGAUUCUCCAUCAAUUUCUUCUCAAGCUCUGUUACCUAAGAAAACUUCUCUCCAAGGUCACAUUUUGAACUCUCCAGAUGGAUUGUUUUUAAAACAGAAAAAGCAAUGUGCAGAUACCUUUCCAGUCAACGAAAAUAGACAUUUAAAAUCAGCUGACAAAGACAAAAAUAUUAAAAUAAAAGAAGAGGAGAACCCCUGUAGCUCAGAAGAAAGUUAUGAGGCAGGUGGUAAAGAAGUAGCAAAUACAGCUCCCACUGGAAGCAUCAGAAACUCUGAAAUGCCUUCUACAUCUGCAACAAAAUUUGUCACAAAAGUGGAGUGUCCUGUCUGUGGGGUUCCUGUUCAAGAACUACAUAUAAAUAACCACCUUGAUAGUUGCCUGACAAGAGAUGAGAAGAAAGACAGUCUCCGAAGUUCUGGACAAAAAAGAAAAUUAUUGCCGAAACUGGUUUACAGUUUGCUUUCUGACCGUGACUUGAGGAAAAGACUGAAAGAACAUGGAUUGUCUACCCAGGGAACAAAACAACAGCUUAUUAAAAGACACCAAGAAUUUGUGCACAUGUAUAAUUCAGAGUGUGAUUCUCUAAAUCCUAAAUCAGUUGCGGAAAUAGUAAAAGAAUUGGAAAAUAUUGAAAAGACUCAAGCACAACUUGAUGCCACUAAACCCAAAGAAGAUAGUAUGAUAUUUACAAAGCACCAGACAGAGAAUGAAAUAGAUGAAAUUCAUAAAGAUUAUCGAAAGAAACACAAAGCUGAAUUUCAGCUUUUAAUUGACCAAAUGAAAAAGCGAAAGAAAAAUGCAAGCAAAGAACAGAUAAAGGAAGAAAAACCAGAGCAGAAAGAAGAAAAACCAGACCAGAACGAAGCAACUACUGAAAGUGGAGAAAAAUUAAGGGUUCAAGAACAAAGUGAUCGGGCCUCUGUCAGCAAUCGGUCCCCCGAAACAGAAGCUGCAGCCUGGGAAGAAAACCUCUCUCUUUUUGCUGCCUGUGAGUCCUCUGCAUCUUCAAACAGCUCAAGUUCGGACAUCAUAAGAGAUUUAGAAAUUGCUGGGAUGUGUUCAAACUCAUCAGAUAAAAAAAGAAGUGUGAAAGCAACUAAACAAAAAUCACAACAUUCUAGGAGCACCUCACCAAUAUCCAAGAGUAAGCGAAGAAGGAAGUAGCAGACAUGCUACUGUUACAAAAAUUUCCAAAAUGGCUUUACUUCUAAAAAUUUAGAAGCAUAUCUAGUCUCAAGUUCCAUUCCCAGCAACGAACAUUGCUUUACAAUAACUCUACUUUUCCUGUUAAUAGCUAUAUAUUUAAGUGGCAAGAAAGUACUGUAUUACAUUCAGAACGUAAGCUUUUAGAAUAGAUGCUGUUUUACUAGAUCAACCUUGUCUUAACUGUAUGUACAGUGGACUGCAAUUACUAUCAUCUUCAGAGAUGCUCCUAGGACACCAUUUAAUUCAGAUUAUUUAAUUUGAAAAAAGUUGAUUCAGGUAAUUUUCAUUCUUUUCCUUUACCUCCCUUUUUAGCACUUGUGAAUAUGUUUGAAUCAUUAUUCUGGAUAUUUUUUAUAGCCUGAGUUGGACCAUGGUUUAUUCUUUUAUACAGUAACAAAAAAAUUAAGAAAUAUUGUAUGUAUGUAAAAAAAAUGAAAACUUGGUAUUUGCUCUGAGAGUAUUGCUUUUUCAACUGUCUUCCUCUUUAUUCAUUUAUUAUUUGACAUCUAUAUUCCUAGUACAAGAUUCUGUAUUUGUUUAACAAUUAGAAUUUCUAGACUAAAAGAAAUUCAGACAAAUGAAAUUAAUUCCAGAAUGAAUAUUUUCAUCUGCCAUUUCUUGAUAAAAAUGAUUUCAAGAUCAUGCUACAUGAGAUUAUAAUUACGUACUGAUAUUUUGCCAAACCUAAAUAAGUUAGCAACCUGGCUAACAAAAAGUCCACUCCUAUGCAUCCAUUUAGAUUGCAGACCUGGAAAUCAUUUCAUUACGAAAUUAAUUUUGUUAAUGAGAAGAGAAGAGAAGAGAAGAGAAGAGAAGAGAAGAGAAGAGAGAAUUUAUUGGUCAAGUGUGAUUGGACACACAAGGAAUUUGUCUUGGUGCAUAUGCUCUCAGUGUACAUAAAAGAAAAGAUACCUCCAUCAAACUACAACAUUUACAACACAAAUGAUGGUCAUAGGGUACAAUUUAACAUUUAAUGAUACAACACUUAAUGAUAAUCACAGGGCACAAAUAAGCAAUCAGGAACAAUCAAUAUCAAUAUAAAUCGUAAGAAUUACCAGCAACAAAGUUACAGUCAUACAGUCAUAAGUGGAAAGAGAUUGAUGAUGGGAACUAUGAGAAGAUUAAUAGUGCAGAUUUAGUAAAUAGUUUGACAGUGUUGAGGGAAUUAUUUGUUUAGCAGAGUGAUGGCCUUCGGGAAAAACUGUUCUUGUGUCUAGUUGUUCUAUUGUGCAGUGCUCUAUAGAGUCGUUUUGAGGGUAGGAGUUGAAACAGUUUAUGUCCAGGAUGUGAGGGAACUGCCCAACACCUUCACUGUUGAAAAAAUAAAAAAGGGUCUAUUUUCCAUUUCCCCCACCACAUCCUCCAAAUGGAGUAUUGGGGGGGAUUCUAGAACAGAUGUGGGGGGAAAUUUAAUAAGAAAUUUAAGAGGGAGGGCAGGAAAUUAGGAUCUUGUUACACAGGACAUCUCCUUGCGCAACUUUGGAUUUCUUUCUCAGGUUAAUGUGUUCUAUAGUCUAGCCUUUAUUGUACAUCAUGUAUACAACAAAAUUGGUUAUUUCUUUAAAAAUUCAGUCCUGUGAUGCAUGGCUACAUAAGCUAUAUAACAAACUCUGCUUCUAUCACUCUUCGUUUGCAGGAGUAUACUGUUGAGACUACUACUAAUGCUAAAUAUUUUUCUAUUCAUAUAUACAUACACACACGUGCACACAAACAAACGUGUAAUUCAAUAUUGAACAUAGUUUAUAUAUAACUAUGCAUGCUAUAUGAUGAGGGCUUUCUAAUCCCAAAUCAUAACAAUUAAAAAAAAAAUUAAAGGUAUUAUCUUCCAAAAAGUGCUACUUCUGCCUUUUGGGGAUUUCUUCUAAAUCUGGAAACAUAGCUGCUUCAUCUCGGAAAAUGAAUUUGAGAUAAUGGGCGAGGAACAUACUCACUGCUUCUAACAUUUAUCCUAUAUUUAUUUCCUUGAAUAAAGGAAUGCCGUAUGUCUGCCUUCUUUCUCUUUUCUUCCAGCUCCAAAGAAACGGGAGAAAGUAGAGGCUGCCCUUGGGUUAACAGAUAAAGCUACAGCUUGGAUAUGAAAUAAGGAGGCAUUGUGUUCAGCCUCUAUUCCCCAUGAAUGGGCUGAACUCAAAGUGCCCCUUCAUCACAGAAGGAAACUUCCAGCUUGGCUGUGAAGUGAAAGGUAGAACGGGUAUGUUGAUUCUGCCUGUGUGUCCACCGGUGGUUCCGAAUGUAGAAUCACACAAUCAGACGAAGAGACCUUCAUCGCUUUAGCAUCUCAAUGUAAGUCCAAGCCAAAGCAGGAAGGUGGAGGUUGGGUUUGCUUCAAGCUUCAGAACUGAGUCCAGGGUGCGCUUUUUAACCAUGGCAAGUUGAAUGACAUUAUCAAUGCCUAUUUAAAUUUGUUCAAAGAUUUAGCAUAUAUAUUAACACCAGUUAUUUAAACACACACACACACACACACACACAAACAUGUUAUA